CCAGUGUGGCGUGUCCCGUGUUCUUCGUGGUCCUGUUCUCCUUGUGAUCUCAGCAUCCCCUCCUUCUCACGCGCUUCUGGCCAGCCUCCCCUCACUGCUGCAGGCUCAGCUGCAGCCGCAGCGCAGCGCACCGGAGCGGAGCUGGAGAGGAGCAGAGCAGGAGGUGCUGAAGGACGAGCGGGAUCCUCAGCAUCCUGUGCUUCCAACAUGUCUCCGAGGAGAACAAAAGUCGCUGGGAUUGUUGCGUUUGUCGCCUCCGUGCUGCUCGGCUCCUGCGGGACAGAUGGAGAAGAGGUGUGUGACAGUCAACUAGUGGCCAAUCUGCCACCAUCAUCCUUCAGAAGCUCUUCCCAGCUGUCCAGCAGUCAUGGACCAGUGUUUGCUAAAGUCAACAGAAGAGAAGGAGCUGGAGGCUGGUCUCCUCUGCUGUCAGAUAAAUACCAGUGGUUGGAGGUGGAUCUGGAGAGACGAACCCAAAUCACCGCUGUCGCCACGCAGGGCCGCUAUGGCAGCUCUGAUUGGCUGACGGCCUACCUGUUGAUGUUCAGCGACACAGGACACAACUGGAGACAGUACAGGCAGGAAGACAGCUUAGGGGCUUUUCCAGGUAACAGUAACGCUGACUCUGUAGUCCAGUAUAAGCUGGACCAACCGGUGGUCGCUCGCUACCUUCGCUUGAUUCCGCUGGACUGGAACCCCACUGGAAGGAUUGGGCUGAGACUGGAAAUUUAUGGCUGCAGAUACACCUCUUAUGUGGCAAGCUUUGAUGGCAGCAGCAGCUUUGUCUACAGACCGAGUGUCAGAACGAGCUGGACGGCGAUGGAGAUCAUCUCUCUGAAGUUUAAAACCCUGAAGAAUUCAGGGACCCUGCUGCACGCAAAGGGACAAAGAGAUCACAGCUUAAAUCUGGUACUGGAGAAAGGAAAACUGCACCUUUAUCACCAACAAGGUGUGAGCUCAGCUUCUUGUGGUAAACUUCUUGUUUCUCUGGGAAGUCUGCUCGAUGACCAGCACUGGCACCACGUAAAGCUGGAACGGAUCAGCACCCACCUCAAUCUGACUGUGGAUAAAAACACACAGCAAGUUCACGUUCCAGCUGAGCUCAGCCACUGGCACAUUCAUACGUUGAGUGCCGGAGCUGCCCAGAACCACGGGCUGCAGAAACCCAUCCUGCCGAACAGGAACUUUCAGGGCUGCCUGGAGAACUUGCUUUACAAUGACCUGAAUCUUAUCAAACUGGUCAAACAGAACAGCCCACAUGUCACUGCAGUGGGCAGUAUGACCUUUUCUUGUACCGAGCCGGUUUCAGUCUCCGUGACGUUCACCGACGCUCACAGCUUCCUCCAGCUGCCUGGGCGAACGUCCUGGUGGUCGGGGCUGGUUUCUGUGAACCUGCAGUUCAGGACGUGGAACAAGGCAGGGCUUCUGUUGACCUUUGCUCUCCAGCAGCAGGAAGGUUCUGUCUCCCUGUAUCUCAGUGAAACCAGGCUUUGGUUGCAGCUCAGUAAAGCUGAUAGGACAGUCCUGGAGCUCAAUGCAGGCUCAGGUCUGAACGAUGGUCAGUGGCAUUCUGUGGAGUUGGCCUCCAGAGAAAACCAUCUGAGCAUCACGGUGGACAAAGAUGAAGGAGCCACGGCUCAAACCAGCAUCCCACUUCCUCUGACCUCGGAGAGCCAGCUCUUCUUUGGUGGUUGUCCUGCUCAGGCCGUGGAGUGCAGAAACCCAUCUGAAGUGUUUCAGGGAUGCAUGAGGCUCCUAGCUCUGGACAACCAACCUGUUGAUCUGAUUAAAGUGCAGCAAAGACUCCUGGGAAACUACAGCCGCCUGCAGAUUGACAUGUGUGGCAUCAUUGACAGGUGUUCUCCCAGCCACUGUGAACAUGGAGGCAGAUGCACUCAGUCGUGGAGCACCUUCCACUGUAACUGCUCCAACAGCGGCUACCGAGGAGCCACCUGCCACAGCUACGGUGCUCCGUUCAGCUGGUGGGUGGGUGGUCCAGGCUUGGGUCAGGUCCAGAAUUACUGGGGAGGAGCUCUACCUGGCAGCCGGCAGUGUGCGUGUGGUCUGAAGGACAACUGUCUGGACUCCAGCUUCUACUGCAACUGUGACGCUGACUACGACCAGUGGACCGAGGACUCAGGCCUGCUCACCCAUAAGGAGAGCCUUCCUGUCAGGUCGCUGGUGCUCGGGGACACCCAGCGUUCUAGAUCAGAGGCUGCCUACAAGGUGGGGCCGCUGCGGUGCCACGGAGACAAGAACUUCUGGAACGCUGCCUUCUUCGACAAGGAAACGUCCUACCUUCACUUCCCAACCUUUCAUGGAGAGCUGAACGCAGACAUCUCGUUUCUCUUUAAAACGACCUUCUCUUCUGGGGUCUUCCUUGAAAAUCUCGGCAUCAAGGACUUCAUUCGAAUAGAACUCAGCUCUUCCACAGAGGUGGUCUUCUCGUUUGACGUGGGAAAUGGACCUCGGGAGGUAAAAGUGAGAACGAGCCUCCCAUUGAACGACAGCCGAUGGCACAGUGUACGAGCUGAGCGCAACGUGAAGGAGGCGUCCCUACGUGUCGACGGUUUCCCCGCCGUCACGCAGGAAGCUCCUGCCGAUGGACUAAUUCAUCUACAGCUGAACAGUCAGUUAUUUAUAGGAGGCACUGCAUCCAGACAGAAAGGCUUUUUGGGCUGCAUCCGCUCCUUGCAGCUGAACGGCGUCACUCUGGACCUGGAGGAGAGGGCAAAGAUAACGCCUGGAGUCCGACCUGGAUGCCCGGGUCACUGUAGCAGCUAUGGCCAGCUCUGCCAAAACCAGGGGAUCUGUGUGGAACAAGCCAAUGGAUUCUCCUGCGACUGCAGUCAGUCUGCUUUUACUGGGGCCUUCUGUCAUAAAGAAGUUUCAGCCAGCUUUGAGUCGACAACAUCCAUCACCUAUAUCGUCAAGGACCCAUAUGAGCUAAGCGGGAACGGCAGCACCGUGCCCUCAUCCAUCUACUCGGAUAUCACACUGAGAGGAGAAAACAUCUCCUUGAGCUUCAGGACUAGUCAGAGUCCUGCUCUGCUGCUCUACGUCGGCUCCUUCCUCAGAGAAUACCUGAUCCUGCUCGUCAAUAAACAUGAUGAGCUGGAAAUGAGGUACAAGUUGCACAGCAGCAGAGAUGUCGAGGUGUUGAGCAGCAGAGGCGUGAACUUAGCUGAUGGGCGUCUCCAUGCCGUGACUAUCAGGCGGCACGCAGACACUGUGUUUGUGCAGAUUGACCAAAAUGCCCGAGAGGACUUCAACUUGACAUCUGAUGUGGAAUUCAACAGCAUCAAGUCCAUUAUUCUCGGCAGAGUGCCAGAGUCUGAAGCGUUGAACGCGGGCCUCUCUGGGCUGGGUUCUCUCGGGUUCACUGGAUGCUUGUCAGCCGUUCGAUUCAACUCCAUCUGUCCUCUGAAAGCUGCUCUGCUCCAUCCUGACAGCCGUGUUCUUGUCACCAGCCCACUGAUCCAAUCAAGCUGUGCUUCCUCCUCUCAAGCUGAUCCCUACGCAGCAGAAACAACACACUCCUUAUCAGACCAGCCUGGGUCGGUGGAUCCAGGUCAGCCUUUAGUUAACGUCAUCAGGAGCGACUCGGCUGUAAUUGGAGGUGUGAUUGCAGUGGUGAUCUUCGUCACCAUGUCGGCUUUAGCAAUCAUGGCCAGAUUCGUCUGCACCAGGAAGGAGACGUUUCAGAACCACGAAGUGAAAUCUGCGCAGCCGGAGGACAGCUGCGAGUUCCCGUUCAGCGGCCAGGCAGAUUCUCUGGGAGUUCCCAGUGGAAACCAAAAGGAGUUUUUUAUUUAGCAUUGGCCCUGAAUGAACUGAAGACAGAACGAGAUGAAUUACCAAACAGUGCUUUACCUAUUACCCCCCCCCCUUUUUUUUUUGGUUGUUGUCAGGUCUUUUUAUUUAUUUAUUUUGUUUUUUGGUAAAUACAACAGACUUGAGAUGAGUUGGACUUUCAAAAGACUUUGGUGCUGUCACUUUAAGGAUUCAAAUAUUUAAACAUGUACAGUUCAUAGUGUUUUGUGUGCUUACGACUUGUUUCCCUGUAUUCUGAAAUGUCACAAUGGAGAAAUAUUUGUGAAUAGAUGUGAUUUUUCAGUUAAAAUAUUUAAGCUUAAUUUAUAAGAACUUUUUUAUGAGGAAACCUUUAAAAAAAAUGUCAGAUUUGAGACGCCAGAGCCAUAAAAACACAGGGAGACGGGCUUACCUGGACUAUCAAUAUGCAAGAUUUACAAGGACCAUCCCAGCUAAAGUACCGUCCCAGAAUCAAUUCAAAUCAUUCUGUAAUAUUGUGGAAACAAUCCCCACAUCUGCUGUAUAUAUCAAUACUAAAUUAAAGUUGCUCUAAAACUUU